UGCUGAGCUCCAGUGAGGUACAGGGUGGCCCAGCUGCUGGCUUGGCCUGACGCGCCUCCCAUCUGUGAGCAGCUGCCGGGGCUGAUUUGGGAAGAGGCCUAUCUCUGCCCGUACUGACACCUGCGUAGCAUUGAUGACCAGCACCGGCGGCUCACGCGUCCGGCGUGGCGCCCUUGCCUCGGAAUAAUCCCCUGGCUGCUCGGAACAGCACGUCGAGCGUGUCCGUCAGCUUCCCUGGGGACGAUGUCGGUGAGCUCGCUGUGAGACCCAGUGCAAUGGAGCUGCUGGUUCCCACCCCACGGUCUGCAUUUCAUCCCUUCUCCAUGGCGCCCUCUGGUGGCGAGCAGUCACGUGCCCUGUGGGAGCCGCCCGUUGCCUUAGCCGGGUGACCAGUCUCUGAGUCGGUGUACUGCGCGGGCUGUUGAUCGUUCUGUUCGGGUAUCUGGCCGUGGCGGCCGGUGCUGGGCGGGUUGUGGAUCAAUAGAGAUCGCCGUGGAUGGGCAGCAGCGCGCCGCAUCGGGGUAUUGAUGGGUGCUGGUGUGUCCCCCUCAGCCCAGCGCUCCGCGCAGGAGCUGCCCGUGGUCGAGGCCGCCAGCCUCACUUCCUGUUCCGUGGAGGGAGGGGAGGAGCUUGUGCUGAGCGGAGCCAACUUCCUGCCGGAGUCAAAGGUCGUUUUCAUCGAGAAAGGACCAGAUGGCAAGCUCCAGUGGGAAGAGGAGGCCCUCGUCGACCGGGACAAAAGCCAUGAGGUAUGACGCCGGGCUGGAGUGGUGUGGCAGCGCGGCGGCUCCAUCUAGUGUUGACGAAGGGCGUUGCAGCUUCCAGCACCUACCUGCCUCCCUCCCACUCUGUAGGACACUACGGAAAGACUAGAAACAAGAGUGGUUCUCGCAGGGAGCUGCGUCCGCGGGCGCAGGCUGCAGAAGGAACAAGUGAAGGUU